AUGGCGCAAAGUCUCGAAGCGCGGCCAACAGUGGUGGAUUUCCGUGAGGAUAGCCCGUGGCUGAAGCUAGCCAAGACACAUUGGUUGGACGUCAAGGUUCGCAAGGUCAAGCCAGACGUGAUCAAGAAGCAAUUGUGGGAUCCAUUGGAGGCCGAGGGCUUCACUAAUCGAUCGCUGUUAAUUCUGGAGAAUCUGAAUGUCUUAGAGAAGUUUCUGUGGCCAACGUACACGGAGGAUGCUUCUAACCACCAUGUUCUCUUGAUUGCGCUUAUUGUGAGCGUGAAACACCGCGAGCAUCUGCCGAUAUGGGACAUUUUCUCGGACCGCGGCGACGACUUCUCGACUCUAUUUCAUCGAAUCCUGUCAAUGAGCAUCGAUCCUUCACUGCCGACUCAGUCACGCCUGUCAAUCAUCUCAUUCAUUAUCGGCGCCUUUCAAUCCCUCGAGAACGUCCUGAUCCGGAAAGAAUGCGCCCCGCUCGUUUCGAUUUCGAUUUGGCACAAUCUGGCCAGCGAGGACGCCCGAGAGAAUCUCGUUGCGCAAUUCCCAGCGCUCAAGAAAGCGUGGAGGGCCGCUGGCAAGCGAUAUGAUGCUGGGGAUGAGCCAACUCAAGCGAAGAUGCGAUUCGAGCGAUCUUGGCUGUAUACGAUGCUGCUCGAUUUCCUGCGGAGGAUGAAUGGCUCAGAAAAGGAACAGUCUGAAAAUUUGCAGUACUGUGAGCGAUUCUUGGAGCUUCUGGUUGAUCUCCUUAGCCAGCUUCCAACUCGACGCUAUGUGAAUACGCUGCUUAAGGACCUUAACAUUAUGCCCGCCAUUCGUCUUUCACAGCAGUAUCAAGGACCUGAGAACGCCCUUCUCCGUGAUUUCUACAACCUCCUAGGACAUUUUGUCAACUUCGCCAUUGAUGAUUAUUCCGGCGAGGCCCUUGCCCCGCAAGCAGUCUAUGAUCGUCAUUGCCAACAGCUGGCGCGGCUCCAGAGAACCUCCAUGAAGCAUUUUAAGGACAAGUUGAUGAUCCUCGCCUUAUCCAAUCUUGGUUCUAUCGAACAGCGGUCCGAGCUGGAGGGACAACUUUCUUCAUUGAGUGAAGCGGAGCUUGAGAGUCUUUGCUCCCUUCUUGGAUUCCGAACUACCUAUCCCAAAUCUUGCGGUAUCAUUCCAGACACAAGGUUCUACACGGAGGUGCUUGCUUCUUUCUACGAGCGUAAGCCUUCGUUCCAGGAGGCUACCUCUAAGCUGAGCAUUGUGCCCACCGAAACCGAUCUAUAUGACCCAGCGCUGCUGAGGAACGAGUCCUACGAUGGUUCAAGGCCUCUCGCCAUCCCGAAGCUGAACUUGCAAUAUUUGAGCAUUGGUGAUUUUCUUUGGCGCUCAUUCCUUCUCUACCGAUCGGAGGCCUUUUUCCAAAUCCGCAAGGACAUGGAAUCGGUCGUGAAGCGUAUGCAGCCCCGCGCAAACCGCGAUGGAAGCUUGAAAUUUGAAGGAUUCUCCCGCAUGGCCAUCCCCGUCGAAAAGCCCGCUAUUAUUGAAGUUGCUCCCGCGAAGGUCGGCUCUCCCAACCCUGCCUUUAUUCGUGCCGAAAUUGCCAUUGAGGUGGGCAGAUUGGCAGAUCACAUCCGCAAAGAGUGGGAAGGCCUUCGCCCGGACGAUGUUAUCUAUCUUCUGGCAGUUCAGCCAUCUUCACCCUCUCGACACGCAAAUGAUGAGAAUGCCGAGGGUCCUCACAUGACAUAUCUUCGAACGGCAGAGAUUGUGCAGGUUCUUGAUGAGCAAGGCCGUCAGCUGCGUCAGCCAGUCUCUGGUCAGUCAAAUGGGCACAACUCCCGUCCGCGGGUGCGUCGACUGCUAGUCAAUUUAGAAGCAUCCGCGUUUAAAGCGGACAAGGACCGCCAAGCGCAAGGAAAGCCCGAUGUCUAUCCCUUGAUUAACGUGGUUGCUCGGAGAAAGGGUCGGGAAAACAACUUCAAGUCUAUCCUAGACACUAUGCAGAAGCUCAUCGUCUCUGACGUUGCACUCCCGUCUUGGCUCCAGGACAUCUUCCUCGGGUACGGCGAUCCCUCUGGCGCCCAAUAUUCACAACUUUCCAACAAACUCCAAUCCAUUGACUUCCAAGAUACAUUCCUCGACUGGGCUCAUCUUGUCGAAAGUUUCCCUGGCAGGUCUAUCGAGCCUUCUGGAGCCGAGUCUUCGAGUUUUGGACCUCCUUAUGUUCUUGAAACUGUUGAAAGUGAACCAGUGCCAGCUGAAGCUCCCUCAAAGAAACGCCGGAAAGAACAAGCCGAGCCGACUGGGGUUUCUAGCACCUUGCGUGUCUCAUCCUACAAGCCGCCCAACCCGGGGCCUUACCCUGUUGAUGCACCCAAACUCAAUACUGUGCGGUUCACCCCAGCCCAGGUGGAAGCAAUUGCUUCUGGUACACAACCGGGACUCACUGUCAUUGUUGGCCCCCCUGGAACUGGCAAGACCGAUGUCGCCACUCAAAUAAUCAACAACCUUUAUCAUAAUUUCCCCAACGAGCGAACGCUUCUCAUUGCACACAGUAACCAGGCCCUUAACCAGCUCUUCCAAAAGAUCACCGCCCUUGACAUCGACAAACGUCAUCUGUUGCGAUUGGGUCACGGCGAGGAAGAACUGGACACUGAUUCCAAUUUUAGCAAGUUUGGACGGGUCGAAUCAUUCCUUGAUAACCGGAACCAUUAUCUUUCAGAAGUGAUGCGACUAGCAGCAUCUCUUCAGGCCGAAGGCGCACACGGAAACUCUUGCGAAACUGCAGGUUACUUCAACACAGUUUAUGUCCAGCCUGCAUGGGCCAAGUUCUGGGACCAAACGAAGGCAGACAUCUCGAACGAGGACAUGAUCACCGCUUUCCCAUUCCACGAAUAUUUCUCAAAUGCCCCUCAACCUUUGUUCGAUGCUGCUGCUCCCAAGGACACGCUCUUGGACAUUGCCUCUGGCUGUCAACGACACAUUGAAAGGAUCUUCUCUGAGCUCGAAGAUAUCCGACCCUUUGAGAUUCUGCGUCAACCCCGCGAUAAGGCCAACUACCUCCUCAUCAAGGAGGCCCGAGUUAUCGCCAUGACCUCCACCCACGCAGCUAUGCGUCGCCAAGAGAUCGCCGACCUGGGCUUCCAUUACGAUAACGUUGUCAUGGAAGAAGCCGCGCAGAUCACCGAGAUUGAAAGCUUCAUCCCAUCCGCUCUGCAGAACAUGAAGAACGAGCACGGCGAGCCUCCGCUCAAGCGAGUUAACAUGGCAUUCCGCCAGUACGCACACUUCGAGCAGUCUCUCUUCCUACGCCUGGCGCGCCUGGGUGUGCCCCUCAUCACACUGGACAAGCAAGGCCGUGCCCGACCAAGUAUCGCCGAGCUUUUCCGCUGGAGAUACCCCGAGCUCGGAGACCUUCCUGCCGUCGAGGCCGAGGAGUUCAAGCUGGCUAACCCAGGAUUCAAGUUCGACUACCAGUUCAUCAAUGUCCCCGACUAUCAGGGCAAUGGCGAGCGGGAGCCAACGCCUCACUUCAUCCAAAACCUGGGUGAGGCCGAGUACGCCGUGGCUUUGUACCAGUACAUGCGCUUGCUGGGUUACCCGGCGUCGAAGAUCUCGAUUCUCGCUACCUACGCUGGACAGACGGCGCUGAUUAAGGAUGUAUUGAAACACCGCUGCGCGAAGAAUUCCAUGUUCGGCAUGCCGAAGAUCGUGACUACUGUGGACAGAUACCAAGGCGAACAGAAUGACUACAUAAUUCUUUCCUUGACCCGUACACGCACCGUGGGAUACCUGCGUGACGUCCGCCGCCUCACCGUCGCACUAUCCCGCGCUAGACUGGGCAUGUACAUCCUCGGUCGCCGCGAGGUCUUCGAAUCCUGCUACGAGCUCAAGCCGGCCUUCGAUCGACUCCUGCAGCGCCCGGAUAAGCUGAUGCUUGCCCCUGGCGAGAUGUUCCCCACCACGCGAGCGCUGGACGCCGAGAUUGAGGGCACUCCUAUGGAAAGCGUCGAACAUCUGGGUCAGUACGUGUUCGAGAUGACCCAAGCCAAGGUGAAGGCAAUGGGUGAUGGGGCGAUGGUCGUCGAUGAUGAGACACCGGCGGAUGAGGACGGGGAGCAGCUUGGAGCGGAUGACGAUGAAGUUAUUGUAUGA